CGUAGAGCUGCCACAGCGACCCCACGUGCCCUAGGCCGUGGAUCUGGGUGGCAGGGCGGCUCUGCACGCAGCGCAAGCCCAGAGAGCCAGCAGGGUGAGCUUUUAGGUUACGUUUUUUCCCACACGGUAGCGUCAUCGGCGGAACGAUUCUUUCUUUCUUCUUCUUUUUGCAUGUUUAUGCUUGCUCUGCCGGCAUUUUAAUUUACGUGGACUUGCAAUUGCCAUCUGCGUCCAAUUGACGCCGCUUCUAUCGCCCGACGACAACGCUGCGGGCUCGGCCAGCCAGGCACUAUUUUUAAGUCGGUGAAAAAGUAACGCCAGGGAGAAAUCGAUACGACGGUCCGAACUGAUAGAUUAUUCUUGGAAGUCGCUGCUUACGCCAUUGCUCUGCUUCUCCGAAAGCUACGGUUGAAAACAGAAGAAGAAAGAUAGUGUUGGACAUCGACUAGACAUUGCACGAGGACGAGGAUAUAAGCUAUCAUUCAUCGCUUGACGCCAACAACGAGAACGGUAUCCUGGAGCAUAUCGCAGACUUUACAGCCAUAUACACACUUUCAUCCAUCCACCUACGUCACGAGCACGAUUCGACGGACAGCUUGACGACUUGAUUUCCAAGGACACUUGCUGCUUGCAUUCCGUCCUGCCAUAUAUAUCUGAGAGACUCGCGCUGCUGCGAAACGUACUCUCGAGAGAGAUCUGCACCACCACCACAAAACAAAAAAGACCGAUUGCGCUCUUCAUUCCAAGGUCCCGCGUCUACCAACAACCUCUGCCUGCCUGCGACCUCUAUCUACACUUGACGACGAUUACGAUGAGAUGGCUACAGUAGUCGGUGAUUUCGUUUCCGAUCUGUCCCGAAUUCAUACCAUGGUUACCGGGUCCAAGUCGCCUCUCCAGCAGCAGCAUUCUCAGUCCUCUCUCGACGCCUCCCACCCGUCCCCCAAGCGCGUGCGCUCCUCCAAAGACGAGCGCUCCUCAUCUGGUUCACACGAACCCUCCAAGGCGCCAGCCGCCUACGCCCAGCCGUCCCCCAGCAGCACGCAGGAGUCAACCACCACCGUUGCCGCCGCUGUUGUGCCCGGUUCGACAGGGUCCGCCGGAGCGUCCAAGUUCCCAUCUCCCCCUUCCUUCUCCUCGCCAGCUACCUCGUCUGCCAAUCCGCCUGCGGCUAAUGGUAAGGCUGAACACAUGGCAUCUCAACAUAUAGAAAAUGUCGCCAGCUCGACCGCAGCAUCGGCAACAGUAGCACCACAGCAGACGGGGACCCCACUGCAACAGCAGCAGCAGCCCUCGCCACCGACAGACGAGUCGGCCGCCGCCGCCGCAAGACGAAGCAAUCCGUCUUCAGACCCUACGUUCCAAUCGCGCCAGGCGCCUACUGGGCACGUCAUCCCCGAAGAUGCCGUCAUUCACAUCCGCGACCUUGCCCACGUCCAGAGUCUGGCCCGCAACCAGACGCUCGGCACGACGCCCGCCGGGUCGACGUCUCAGGACGUAAAGUACGAGAUUAGCCAGAUGCCGAUCGGCGACGUCAUCGAGAUGGUAGCGGCACUCCUCACCAAAAUCACCACCACAAACGACCUCCAGCACGAUGCCAUGCAGCGCAACGUGACGCACCAGCAGCAGGCGAACCAGAGCCAUGACUCGAGCGGCAGCUCGUCCAUGAGCCCGCUCAGCCACUCGGUACUGGCAUUUCACGGCAAAAACGUCCCUGCCAUUACGAUACUUAGCUACCUGGCCCGCAUACACAAGUACUGUCCCACGACGUAUGAGGUGUUUCUGAGUCUCCUGGUCUACUUUGACCGCAUGACAGAGCGGGUCAACGAGCUGGUAGUCAAGACGGAGAGCGACAGACGACCGACGCCCGCCAGCAAUGGCCAGCCUUUCACGGGGACCCCAGCAGAAGACGAACACGUUGUAGUAGAGGACGAUGAUGAUCUUGCUGACGACGACGACGAGUCCAUGGUAGACACACCCUCGGGCCCCAGCCGUCCCGAAUCGCGGCGUAUUUCCAUGGCCAGCGAGCGCCACCCGUCGCACAACGGGCCGACGUUUUUGGUAGUCGAUAGCUUCAACAUCCAUCGUCUGAUUAUUGCCGGCGUUACGUGCGCCAGCAAGUUCUUCUCCGAUGUCUUUUAUACCAACUCGCGCUACGCCAAGGUCGGUGGUUUGCCACUUGCCGAACUCAACCACCUCGAGCUCCAGUUCUUGAUUCUUAAUGACUUCCGCCUGGCCAUUCCCGUGGAGGACCUUGAGGCGUACGGAACCAUGCUGGUUGAAUUUUACGCCCGCGAGGUUGUUGCCAAGAACACUGUUGUUUGAAUGCCCUAGUACAACAGUAGCAUACACACACCACGCACGAUAUACACCACGAACCCUUUUUUGGGUUCAUCCAGAGGCUUCCCUUACGACUGCAUUUAGACAUACCUGCGUCAACCGCGCCCACCUCUCUCCCGAAUACAACAACAACGAUAACAGAAGCAGCAGCAACAGCAGCAGCAGCUAUUGGGACUUGGAAUUCCUCAUUACAUUUGGCGUUGAAGGCUUUUGUCACAGACAGGACAUGUGCUGCCGCCCUCUCCAUUACUAUCGCUACGGCUGCUCCUCCUUUUUUCUUUCUUACAUAUCUUUCCUCCCCGUAAUCAUUGGUAGUAGUAGUAGACACGGGUUGGACAGAUGAUGCUGGCUUAUACACGUACGCAACGUGGCACGCCGUGCCUAGUACACACACACACGCACACACGCACAAACACACAGAUAGAGCUGAUGACAUAUGAAUAUUAUCUAUUUUUCUUAAACCGUCAAACCGCAUUAUGUUUCGUUUCGUAGCCUCGUGACACCUCUGUAGCAGUUCAUAGUCGCAGUAUCUGCCUUUUGUUAUAUACAGUACCCUCUCCAUCUAUAUCGUUCCAUCCAUUUUACAUCUUUGACACACAUCUCGCACAUCUACUGUGCACCAUGCUCCUCCAAGACCUGCCUCACAGCUUGAUGCCGCUUCCCAAACGGCGCAACCCCCAGCGGCGUAACCCCCUCAUCAUCCCGCGCAUUGAUAUCCACGCCCUCCAUGCCCACCAGAUACUCCGUCAACAUGCGAUGCGCCGUCCGCGCCGCACUAUGCAGCGGCGUCAUCCCCAGGCGUCCCCGCGCUCUCGCAUCCGCCCCAUGCGCAACCAGCGUCCGCGCCGCAUCCACGCUAUCCUUGAACCCGCAGCAGACCAAGUCCAGCGGCGCCUCCUGGCGCGUCGUCCUUGCCGACGGGUCAGCCCCCGCGCCCAGCAGAGCCUUCAUAAUCGCCACAUCGCUAUACAUGCACGCUGCGUGCAGCGGCGUCGAGCCGCGCUCCGACGCUAUAUUCGGGUCGGCCCCGCGCGCCAGCAGCAUGUCCACGACAGCCAACCGCUGCGAAAACGCGGCCAGAUUGAGCGGUGUCUCGCCGCUCGCAUCCGUCACAUUGAUGUCUGCGCCGCGGUCCAGCAAGAUCCUCGCCGUCUCUACAGACCCCGCGCGACAUGCGCCGUGGAGUGGCGUUUCGCCUAGAUUCGCCCGCGAUGCGAUAUCCGCGCCGUGGUCGAGCAGCGCGGCGGUUACGCUGGGCGAGCCGGUGCGGCAUGCUUCAUGGAGAGGCGUGAAGCCGUUGUCCAGACGGGCCUCGACGUUGGCGCCGCGCUCUAGAAGCGUCUUGACGACGGCUGGGCCGGCAUCACGGAACUGGUUGGCCGAGUGUAGCGGGGUGGUGCCGUAGCUUGUGGCCGCGCACGGGUCUGCGCCGUGGUUGAGGAGGAGGGUGAACAUGGGGAGACUGCCUUCGCCGCAGGCAAAAUGGAGGGCUGUCUCGCCUAUGACGGUGGCGACAUUGGGGUCUGCGCUGUUACUCAGUAGGAGGGCCAUGACGUCGGCGUUGUGCGAAAGCACCGAGUGGUGGAGAGGCCCCCAUUUGGAUGUCCCCGGCUGGUUGGGGUCUGCACCGUGCGCGAGCAGCACCGAGACAAUGGGGAUCUUGCCCUCGUAGCAGGCGCGGUGGAGGGGCACCCAGCCUUCAAACUCGGCGGUUUUGAAGUCGGCGCCGGCGGCGAUGGCCUUGGUGACGGUGCCGGGCUCGCUGUUCUUGCAUGCCCACUGGAGCGCCUGGCUGAGGGGCAGCUUGGCGUCGCGGGCGUAGAGCACGGGGCUGAGGUAGCGGUUGAAGUCUCUGCAUGUGCGGGAGAAGCGGCUGAGGUCUGUGUUGGCGAGGAAGGCGGCAAUGCAGAGGAUGAGUUCUUGUGGGAGAGAUGUGAGGCGAGUAGAAGAAGAAGAAGUUGUGAUGGUAGCCAUGAUGGCUGGCGGGGAGGGAGGAGAAGAACCCGGCGUUGUGUGUUAUUGGCGCAUUUGGUAGCCAGUAGAAAUUGGUGUAGAUACAAAGAAUGAGCGUGUUGGUGGCCAGGAAGAGGAAAUCGCGCG